AUUUGACUAGAGAUCAUGUUUUGAUUGCGUGACGGAUUCUUAGUUUAGAAUAUUUUUGAGUGAAAACAAUAAGUAUGAGUGGUGAUGUGUGAACAAUAGGCUACUUACUGUUCAUUAUUUAUCAUAUUUAUGAUGACUUUUUUUGACUCGUGAACAGUACGGGGUGCCACGCGUAUUUCUUUCAGACUAUUUGCAAUAGUGAAACUAGAACAAGUUAGUCGUGCGCCUUUGCUCGGGCAUUUCCUACUCUUAUUAUACAGCGCUAUAGGUCCGCGUUGGCAUGUAUAGGAAAACGCUGCUUCGGAUCUAAAAGCAGAGCAGAGUAACACAAAUAGGCUACUUCACUUUUUUGCCUCUCACUUAUCAGCGAAGGGAAUUGCCUGGGAGUGUAGAAUCUGUGUUGUUUGGCUCCCCCCGUGAGGAGUUGAAGCCGUCCUCGUGCAUACUCUGCAUAUCACAGGAUUUGGUCUCUCCUCUCUUUCUGUAGCUGCUGUAGGACUGGCUAUGGCCACCGCUACUUCCGGGUUCCGUCAUUUCAUUCUCCCGCCGAUCAGCGCAGCAAACUGACUCUGUUCUAUAAGCAAGCUAGCAGCCAACCUGCCAACACUCGCUGACACUCACUCAUCUCAGACCGCGAGAUAGACGAAAUACCUACGGGGGAAGGAAAGAUCUGAAUUGCAAUCUCUUAAUUUCUAUUGCUUUUUCUUUUUACAGUAAUAAUAAAACAAGAUAGCAAUCCGGAGGCAUAAAGAGGACGCGGACUUGCUGGAUGAAAACGGGCUGAAAAGAUUCAUCCUCUCUUGAACAUCAUCACCAACCAUCAUUCAUUCAUUACCUUGACAACCCCUGGCUUUGAUUGACAGCUGGAGUGGCAAAAAGCCACGAGACACGACAGUUUAGUUACAUGCAGGUUGUUGAUGGGCCGAUUGUAACCUUCAGUUUGGUGCUUGACCAUUUUUUUUAUUUUUUGGGGAAAGAGGAAAACAAGAAAAAUUGCAAAACUCAUCCUGAUGCUUCUGCUUGCACUCUACCACAUUGGAGAAUAGGAGAAUUCGCAAAGUUGGUUGAAAAAGGAAUCUUACCACUAAAUCACUUUCUAACCUGACUGGGAUAUUAAAUAUACGACACAUCCAGGAGUUUAUUGGAGCGCAGCCUGAUGGCGCAAAGGUACGAUGAGCUGGCCCAUUAUGGUGGGAUGGACGGAGUCGGGGUCCCGGCGUCUAUGUACGGAGACCCGCAUGCUCCACGGCCGCUACCCCAAGUCCAUCACUUGAACCAUGGACCACCGCUCCAUGGCCAGCACUACGGUGCUCAUGCACCCCAUCCCAGCGUUAUGCCCAACAGCAUGGGCUCCGCUGUCAAUGAUGUUUUAAAGAGGGAUAAAGAUCAAAUCUAUGGUCACCCAUUAUUCCCGCUGCUCGCGUUGGUUUUUGAGAAGUGCGAACUGGCGACGUGCACUCCGAGGGAGCCUGGGGUAGCAGGCGGCGAUGUCUGCUCCUCCGACUCCUUCAAUGAGGACAUCGCAGUCUUUGCCAAACAGGUCCGAGCAGAAAAACCUUUAUUUUCAUCAAAUCCAGAGUUGGACAAUUUGAUGAUACAAGCCAUACAAGUAUUACGAUUUCACCUUUUGGAAUUAGAAAAGGUGCACGAGCUCUGCGACAAUUUUUGCCACCGGUACAUCAGUUGUUUGAAAGGAAAAAUGCCAAUAGAUCUAGUUAUUGACGAGCGGGAUGGAAGCUCGAAGUCAGACCACGAAGAGCUCUCAGGAUCUUCGACCAACCUUGCCGAUCACAACCCAGCUUCCUGGAGAGACCACGAUGACGCCACCUCCACACACUCGGCCGGCACGCCAGGGCCCUCCAGUGGGGGCCACGCUUCACAGAGCGGCGACAACAGCAGCGAACUAGAUGGUUUAGAGAACAGCGUGGCGUCUCCUGGCACAGGUGAUGAUGAUGACCCGGACAAGGAGAAGAAGAGGCAGAAGAAGCGCGGCAUCUUCCCCAAGGUGGCCACUAACAUCAUGAGGGCGUGGCUGUUCCAGCAUCUCACGCACCCGUACCCUUCUGAAGAACAGAAAAAGCAGCUAGCCCAAGACACAGGCCUGACCAUCUUACAAGUAAACAACUGGUUCAUUAACGCCAGGAGAAGAAUAGUACAGCCCAUGAUUGACCAGUCAAAUCGAGCAGGUUUUCUUCUUGAUCCUUCAGUGAGUCAAGGAGCAGCGUACAGUCCAGAGGGCCAGCCAAUGGGCAGCUUCGUGCUGGAUGGCCAGCAGCACAUGGGGAUCCGGCCAGCUGGUCUGCAAGGCAUGCCAGGGGAGUACGUACCUCAGACUGGUCCUAUGGGCAUGAGCAUGGCCCCACCAAGUUACAACCCUACUCAUCAGAUGACCCCUCACCCCUCCCAGCUUCGACAUGGACACCCCCUCCAUGCCUACCUGCCCGGCCCCCACCACUCUCAUCACCCUGCCAUGCUGAUGCACGGAGGACCGCCCUCUCACCCAGGAAUCACCAUGUCUGCAGAGAGCCCCCCCCCCUGCUGACCCCCAUUGACCCCAGCGCUGGAGGACAAGGCUUGGACAUCCAUGCCCAAUAGUAUAAGCAAACUUUACUACCACAACAUCAACAACAACAGUAGCUUCUAAGAGAAGAAAACAAACAUCAACAACAACAGUAGCUUCUAAGAGAAGAAAACAAACAUCAACAACCCUAAAACAAAGAUAUCUUCAGACUAUUUUCCUGAAUAAAAGCAGAACCGUUUUGACCAUUAUUAGACAGUGAAAAAAAGAAUUCCAGAUGAGCUGUGAUGAUUCUUCUUCUUUUUUAUUUUAUUUUACUUUUUAAUUUUGUUACUUUCAUCCAAAUGGAGGACCAAGCUGACAAGAACACUUUGUAAAGUCUUGGGCUUUUGUUAAAGAUCAACAGAAGAUGUUUUGAGGACAGACACGUACGUGCACAAACGCGGACACGCGCACACACUUAAGACACACGCAUUCGCACACACACAGUGCACACUCUCUCCGGUGACACGUUCAACUCAUUUUUUGUUUCAAAACGGAAUCACUCUGGAAGAUUGAGAGAAAAAAGAAAAAGACAAAAAAGACUCCAAGAGUUAUAACUACUGUAGUAUAAAAAGUAUAGCAACUAAGUUAAAAACGUUUUGCAUUUUUUUUGUUGUUGAUCACUCAAUUUCCUGAGCUAGUUGUAGAAUAAAAGGUGAACCCUUUCUCUCACACUGUGUGUGCUCCUUCCUGGAGGAGAAACUGUCUGGGUGGUGAAGCAGCACUAUAAAACAGAAGAGAUGGAACAUCUCAACAACGGACUCCCAUUCGCUCCCAACCACAGCGACAGGCAGAACAGGCCCUGUCCCCCAUAGAGAACAGGGCAUGAUGGGAAAAGGCUGCUAAAUGACACCUGAUCUCUCCAGAAGAUUCAGUUUGAACAUGUUUUAAUGCCCCUCUUCUUUUGGUUCAUGAAUGAAUGUUACCCUGUAGGUAUAUACAAAAAAAAAAGUUCUUAGUUUGAAUUGCCCAAAGCACUGGAUUGUGUUGGUUUUAUACAUUUUUAUUUGAUUAUUAUUUGAUUUUUUUUUUAGUAUCCUGGACUCUCAUUGACAGAGCCUAUUGAAGGAAACUUAAUCGUGGAAAAGCAGCAUCCUACUCUGCUUCUUUGCCUCUGGAUCAACAUACUUGCCAUAUGGACAAUAGUGACACAAUGGUGAAUUCUUUGGCACUGGGAGAAGCAUUAUUGGUGGUAGAUGCACCCAAAAACCUACACCUUCAAAACAGAAGAAGAAAAAAAAGAACUUAAAUGAUGAACUCAAAGCUUUAGGGAAAAGCUAAGAGAAUAUUGUAACAAACUUCGUACAGAGUUCAGUCUAUUAAUUGUUUCAUGUUAGAUAUUCUAUGUGUUUACCUCAAUUGAAAAAGAAUGUUUUUGCUAGUUUCAGAUCUGCUGUGGCAUUGAUAUUGUAUGUCCAUGAAUUCCUUCCUUUUUCAGCACGUGUUCCUCACUAGAUGAUAAAAUGCCGUCUCCCUUAAGCUUUGUCAAAAAUACAUUAUUAAAUACUUGUAUGAGGACUGUGACGUAAUGUUUAAAAGGUGUUCAGUCACAAAUGCUGUAAUAAAUAUUUCAUUUUUGA